AGAUGAUACGGUAUGUGUCAGCUGAACGUAAUCAAGGACCAAUUUUAUCAUCUUUGAAAACAUUCAUUGAUCAACCUAGUGUUUCAAAUUUCAACCCACCGAAUUUGAUCGAAGUCUUUUAAAAAACAUAGAUUUAUUUACAAAAAGCAUGAAUUUAUCAAAUGUUUUACCAGCAAAAUAUUUAGAUGCAUCUACUGAACCUGAUCAGUGGCUCGAUGGUGAAGUGGUAAAAAAUCAAUAUGAUUAUGUGUUAAACAUAAACAUGAUUCACGUAUCUGAGUGGAAAUGCACUGAAGGAUUAUUUAAAGGAAGCUGUUAUGUCCUAAAUUCAAAAGGUAUACUUUUUACAUAUGGUGCAUAUGCAGAUAAUGGUAUUAUAACUCCACAAAGCAAUAUCGAUUUUAACAAUAGUCUGAAGUUGCGCAAUCCAUCUUGGGGGUUAAGAGAUAUUACUAAACAACUUAUACCAAUUGCAUCCAAAUAUGGGUUUACAUUAACAAAAAAAGUGGAUAUGCCUUCAAAUAAUCAUUUUUUAGUGUGGUCUAAAUCAGUUGAAUUUAGUCAUACAUAAAUUAUAAUCAGGGAAACUCCUAACUUCAUGAUUUAUACAUGGUUGUCUUUAUGUAUGUAAUAAAUGUAUUUCUUUAAUA